AUGACUCUGAUAUCGGAUCUGAGAGCUUACCUCCUUCGAGCACUCAACUUCACAACAUCCAAUACCCCAGACAGCCCUCAAGCCGCUCCUACACCUACAGGUAGCUGCCGCUUCCGCCUGGAUGACGACUGUUCGGACACAUUAACCCUCCCGGAUGGACGAAAACUAGGAUAUGCACAGUAUGGCUCGUUGACGGGGCGGCCUGUCUUUUACCUACAUGGCCUUCCAGGAGCUCGCACCGAGGCCGCCUGUUUUGACGACCUGGCGCGGGAGCUGGGUGCCCGAAUUAUAGCUACGGACAGACCCGGUGUAGGUUGGAGCUCACCUCACCCGGGUCGAACAGUUCUUGAUCAUCCAAAGGAUCUGGAACAGCUUGCAAAGCACCUGAAGCUAAAAGAGUAUAGCGCAUUGGGAAUAUCGGGAGGUGGACCGUACGCACUCGCUUGCGCGGCGUCAUUACCACGCGACAAGCUCAAGGCUGUCUCGAUCAUCUGCGGCCUAGGGCCACCUGACAUUGGAAUGAGCGGUGCGGGUUGGCCCACCUGGCUUGGAUUCACGUUUGGAUACCGUUAUUUCUCCGCUGCCACCGGAUGGUAUCUUAAACGUCAGUUGGCAGCACGUUUGGACCUGAGCGAUGAAAAGCGAUUUGAGCUUCUGAGGCGGGACGUGUUAAAUGCCAAGUCCAUGCUUGAGAAGGAUCGUGAUAUCAUGAAGGAUGAAAGUACGCUUCGGAUGUUUUUGAAAACGAGUCGAGAAACCUUUGCCCAGGGAUGUGACGGGGUGUUGCAGGAUGGCAAGCUGCUGUGCAACGACUUGGGUUUUCGGGUAGAGGAUAUUCGUGCCGAUUUGCCUGUGCAGUUGUGGUAUGGGAAGCAGGAUACUGCCGUUCCACUCAAUCAUGGUAUUCAGAUAGCAGCGCGGUUGGGUGGGAGGGCGCAUCUUAGGGUUGUGGAUGAGACGCACUUGAGCAUCUGGGAAAACUGCAGGGAACAGGCGUUGAAAGAGUUGAUUAGGAGCAUGUGA